AAAAUAAUAUCUUUGAGUAAAACUGCCAUUUGUCGACUAAACCUGGAUCUUCUUUCUUCCUUCUUUCCAAGCAUGGGCGCGGCCGAGUCUACUUCCCGAGUCUUCUCGCAAGAGAUCCCCUUCAGCGACGCGCCUGGGUAUGGUCCCAUCCGCACAGCCCCCGGCAACCUCCCACUCGCCGACCACACCACGACGUUGUGGGAGAACUUCAAGGUCGGGCUGUCCGUGGGAGCCGACAACCAGUACCUGGGCACCCGGUCGCGCAACGCCAGCGGCAAGGCGGGGCCAUAUACGUGGCUGACGUACAACGAGGCGCACGACCGCGCCACGCGCAUCGCGACGGGGUUCCACCACCUGCUUAAGGUCGGUCGGCAGGAGGUGGUCGGCCUCUUCAGCAAGAACCGUGCCGAGUGGAUCCUCACCGAGAUUGCGUGCAACCGCAUGAGCUACGUGGUGGUGCCGCUGUACGACACGUUGGGGCCGAAAGCGAUUCCAUUCAUCCUCAACCAUACCAACAUGCGCGUGCUCGUGUGCUCGGGCGACCUCGUCGCCACCGUACUUCAAGCUAAAGGCGACUGCCCCAGCUUGGAGUUUGUUGUCAGUAUGGACGAUUCGAUCACAUCCCGGCAGCGCAGCGACGCCGACAGCAAGGGCGUGACCCUCUUGACCCUUCAUGAAGUCGAAACAGUGCCUGACGCCACAGUGCCGCCGUCGCCGCCGUUGCCGUCGGACGUGUCGACGAUCUGCUACACAUCUGGCACGACUGGGGACCCCAAGGGCGCCAUCCUCACACAUCGCAACUACACGACGGCCACGCUCAUGCUGGCGGACCGCAUCGACUGCCGCGGCCACAUGGUGCACAUCUCGUACCUCCCGCUUCCGCACGUGAUGGAGCGCUGCGUGACCUCCAUCAUUGCGCGACUGGGGGCGAGCAUGGGGUUCUACCAGGGCGACGUGGUUCACCUCAUGGACGACAUGGCCGAGCUCAAACCCCACUUAUUCGUGUCGGUGCCUCGGCUGUUCAACCGCGUAUACGACAAGAUCGUACAGGGCGUGGCGUCGGCGGGUGGCGUGAAGAAGCUCAUGUUUGACUACGCAUACGCGACCAAGAAGCAGGGGCUCGCGGACGGCACCAACGUCCAUGCGCUGUGGGACGCGCUCGUGUUCUCCAAGAUCCAGGCGGUGCUGGGGGGCCGCGUCGAGCUGAUCGUGUCGGGAUCGGCGCCGCUGGCUGCCAACGUCAAGGAAUUUUUAAAAAUAGCCUUCUCGUGUCGGGUGGAAGAAGGGUAUGGCCUCACCGAAACGGGCGCCGCGACCACGUUGUCACAUAUCGACAUCCCCACGGGCGCGCAUGUCGGCAUCCCCGUCGCCAAUGUCCAAGUCCGACUUGCCGAUGUGCCCGAAAUGAACUACACGAGCGCCGACGUGCCGCGGCCCCGCGGCGAAAUCUGCGUCCGCGGCAACAACGUGUUUGUGGGGUACACAUGGACAGCAGCAUUGUAUUCCAUGAGUGGUCACUAGUAGUUACUAGAAGUGGGUGGAGUUCUAGUAGUAGGUCCUAGUAGUAGGUCCUGAUCACUGUCCACUGCACGGUGCAGUAUACUCAACGACUGAAGUUCAUCAUCAUACGUUAGUUGUACUAUAAUACUGUGCAGGCGCUCCUCGUAGUAGUACUAGUAGUACUUAUUGUAGCAGUGUGCUUUGCCUCGAUGUGUAGUUAGUUACCUUAGUAUUUGCGAUGUGGAUUGACAGUGUACUAGCAUUUGACUAGUUUUGGUUUUAUAAUAUGGGUAGGUACUACAAGGAGCCAACCAAGACUGCCGAGGUGCUGUCGGCGGACGGGUGGUUCUCCACGGGGGACAUUGGGGCGUGGAAUGCCGACGGCACUCUGAGCAUCAUCGAUCGCAAGAAGAACAUCUUCAAGCUGGCGCAGGGCGAGUACGUGGCGGCCGAGAAGAUCGAAAACAUCUACGCCAAGAGUCCAUUCGUGGGCCAGAUCUUUCUGUAUGGGGACUCGUACCAGAGCUACUUGGUGGCGGUGGUCGUGCCGGACCCAGAGGUCGUGCAGGCAUGGGCGGCGGAGCGCAAACUUCCGGACGGAACCAACCUCGCGGCGAUGGCGGCGCGGCCCGAUCUCAAGGCGGCGAUCCUGGCAUCCAUGGCGGAGGUGGCCAACGACGCCAAGCUGAACGGGUUUGAAUGUGUCAAGGACAUUCACGUGCAUCCGGAUGUGUUUUCCGUCGAACACGACCUGGUGACCCCCACGUUCAAGCUCAAGCGACCGCAGCUCAAGGCGUACUUUCAACGGCAAAUUGACGCCAUGUACGCCCGUGGACUGAAAUAACAAUCGAGAUUGCAUAUUCAUACUAUACUACGACUUUGAAGUAGAAAUUAACAAUCGAGAUUGCAUAUUCAUACUAUACUACGACUUUGAAGUAGUAACUAACAAUCGAGAUUGCAUAUUCAUACUAUACUACGACUUUGAAGUAGAAAU